GUACAAUUCUCAAGCUCCCACAGGACUGCCACGAACACCCUUUGCCAGCGUUUUCGCAGUGAGUGCUUCUCAUGGACAUAUUGGACCUUGGAACGCUGUUUUUGCGGUCACUGCACAUCUUGGUGGCGCAGGAAAAGCGUGCCUGAUGCGGUGUUGCACCAGGACUGCGACGCGACCUACAAAACACGCGCAUCACCACAGGAAACCGCUCGAAUCGGUACAGGAUGGCGUUCACAAGGCAGAGGCGUAAAUGGACAUGUAUAUAUAGCUAGCAAAUGGCGACCACGCAGUCGUAGAGCUCCGGUCAGGUGCCAGCUCACCGGCGCUUACAUAACACUGCCUCCACCACCCUGAAUCCGUGACGUUCCUCCAAAACUCUCCGCUUAAACCUCCCAACUCCGCGCUUCGACACUUUCCAGGAGCGUGCCCCAACGUGAACGCACACGCAAUGGCGGACGACAGCGACAGCAGUGGGCUGUCUUCUGCAUCCGAGGAAGAAGUAAAGAAGCUCGCACCCGUCUUCCUUAAGGCGAAAGGCGCAACAAAACUAAAGUUCCCACCGCCCGCCGUCUCGCCGCCACGACCCAAGAGGCCACCGUCACCGCCACACCAUGAUGUCUUUGAAGAUAAUCCUGAUAUCGCUGUACUGGUUAUGUUUCGAUCGCGUUUCAAUGAAGUUAUGCCUGGCAAACUACCUAACUUCGGACCGCAAGACAUCGAGCGAGGCGUGACAGAUCAGCCUCCAAGUGCGGAAGUGCAGAGUCUGCUAUGCGCGCUGUUGAGUUUGGUACUGAAUCGCAAGAAGCCUGUCGAGCGGGGUCAUCAUGGCCGAGCACUUGAGGAAGCGGUCCUGUCCCAGAAGGCGCAAUGGCCACACAAGUGGAAUAGCGUGAACCCUUUGCACGGUCCGAAAGACUUCAACACGAUGUCGCCACUUGAGCGCCUUGACCUACUCCAUACCCUUGUGAUCUGGUCGCUCUCAUCCUCGGAAGCCAUACAGACCAUUGUCAAGGACAAGUACAAGCAGCAAAGGCACAAUGAUGAUGAGAAUCAGCCCCUGUCGGUGCAGCCGUGGGGUCAAGAUGGGGACAAGAGACGGUACUUCCUUGUGCAAGGCCUCGAGGAUACCCAAUUCAGGGUCUACCGUGAAGGCAGCCGGUAUACGAAGAACGCGCACUGGUACAGUGUCGCGGGCAGCAUUGAAGAGAUCAGAGCCCUAGCGAAGAAGCUGGAUGAAGUCGAUGGGACGCAAGCUGCACGGAGGCUAGCCAUCAAGAUGACCAACGCCAUUCCUAACUUCGAAGCAUCCGAAAUUAAACGCACUCGUCGCGAAUACCGCCAGGUUCGGCGCGCAGCUUUCACGCGCCCCGAGCCCGGCUUUUCCCUCUAUGAAGGCCGCACUCGAGGCAAGCGGAUGCGCUAUACGUACGAUGACGAAGACCAAGCCUUCGACUCCGAUGCGACCUCCACCAGGCGCUCCAACCGACCAAGUGCCCGUGGUACGCCAUUAGCAGAUUCUGGCCCAACCUACACUGCGUCCGGCCGACAGAUCAGACAGCCUAGGCAGGGUGAGUACGGCGAGAGUUUGCUGAAGAACAAUCUCGCUCUCGAUGAAGACGAGCUUGGUCCAAGCUCGGGUUACCAUAACGGCCUUGUCGGUGAUGACGAGGAUGACGGCAGUGAGCCGCCAACUACACAUGGCAGGGCAACCCGACUUGGUGGAAGGUCGGCACAAGCCAACGGCGCAGAUGAUGCUAGUGCAAGGAAUCACAUUGAUGGCUACAACAACAUCGAUGCCAUGAGCGACGAAGACGAUGCCGCCCAGAGCGGAAACGACUGGGACAGCGAGCGGAACGAAGCGGAGGACGAAGACAUGCCCGAUGCCGGAAGCGAUGGUGACGAGCCGAGCGAAGGUGACGAAGACGACGACCAGCCCAGAAGUCUUGUCGUCCGGCUCAAGGUCUCGCCUAACGCCUUGCUGAAAACCAAUGGGGCGUCUAGCGGAGAGCGCAACGGAGUAAGACAUCCUGUGACCGCCAUGCCCAACGGUCAUGCCGAGGAUCAACACAUGCCUGAUAUGGAGCAAGCGUCAGCUCGUGCACAUGACGCCGAGCCGCAACCACCAAUCUUCGCAAAUGGCAACGGAGACGGCUUGUCCCAGCCAACGAUCAGCCGCUCACCGUACAUCACGUCAAACCCGGCAGCAUCUGCGUAUCCUACUCCGGCUUCUACCUCCUUCUCGGCAACAAAUGUACGACCGACUACUACCUCUGCGGCACCGGCUUCUACUGGGGAGCACACUCGUCAGCAACAGGCUCUGCCACCAAGACAGCAACAUUCUCAGCACCAUGUUCUCAGUCCACCAGCGGACUACCAACAUAGACCGGUAGCGGUAGACGGCUGGCAACAGUGA